AUGCCUCCCAAAGCUGCCCCCUCCCCUGCCGCCAUCGAGACCUCGCGCCUCGAUGGCAAAGUCGCCCUCGUCACCGGCUCCGGUCGUGGCAUCGGCGCCGCAAUGGCCACCGAGCUGGCCCGCCGCGGAGCCAAGGUCGUCGUCAACUACGCCAACUCGAUCGAGGCCGCCAACCAGAUUGUCGAGCAGAUCAAGAAGCAGGGCGGCGAGGCCAUUGCCAUCAAGGCUGACGUCGGCGACGUCGCCCAGACCAUUCGCCUGUUCAAGGAGUCCGUCGAGCACUUUGGCCAGCUCGACAUUGUCUGCUCCAACUCCGGCGUCGUGUCCUUUGGCCACCUCAAGGACGUCACCGAGGAGGAGUUUGACCGCGUCUUCCGCAUCAACACCCGCGGCCAGUUCUUCGUCGCCCGCGAGGCCUACAAGCACCUGAGCGUCGGCGGCCGCAUCAUCCUCAUGGGCUCCAUCACCGGCCAGGCCAAGGGCGUGCCCAAGCACGCCGUCUACUCCGGCUCCAAGGGCGCGAUCGAGACCUUUGUCCGCUGCAUGGCCGUCGACUGCGGCGACAAGAAGAUCACCGUCAACUGCGUCGCCCCCGGCGGCAUCAAGACCGACAUGUACCACGCUGUGUGCCGCGAGUACAUCCCCAACGGUGACAAGUUGACCAACGACCAGGUCGACGAGUACGCCGCUACUUGGUCCCCCAUGAACCGCGUCGGCCAGCCCAUCGACAUCGCCCGCGUUGUCUGCUUCCUCGCCUCGCAAGACGGCGAGUGGGUCAACGGCAAGGUCAUCGGCAUCGACGGCGCCGCAUGCAUGUAA